AUGAAAUUCACCACCGCCGCCGCCUUGACGUCCCUUUUGGGCGUCGCCGCCGCCGCCAAGGACAAGCGGACUUUUGCUGUCCUGCGCUUCACCAACAAGCAGCUCACCAUUGCCCGUGCUGACCCCAUCGUCACUCCCGGCCAGCCCUCGACCCAUGUUCACCACGUUCUCGGCGGAAGCGGCUUCGGCCUUGGCUCGACUGGCGAGGAUCUCAAAAAAUCCAAAUGCAGCACAGCCAUGAUCAAGGGCGACAACUCCAACUACUGGUUCCCCUCGCUUUACUUCAAGGACCCCAAGUCCGGCAACCUCGAGUCCGUCGAGCUCUUCUACUCCAACGUUUACUACUUUUUCGAGGCCACCAACGAUGAGAUCAAGGCCUUUCCCUUGGGCCUGCAGAUGUUUACCGGCGAUCCCACUGCCCGUACGCCGCCCGCCGCCGGCGCCAAGUCCAACUUUGACGCGUCCAAAGGCCCCAUCAACGGCAUCAAGUGGACAUGCCCUCGUGAAAACAUCAAAACCAACCCCGGCUGGCCCGUCAGCUCCAACGGCUACAAGGCCGGUAUGCAGGAUCCCAACAACGAAGGCGAAGGCGUGGGCUUCCCCGAUGUCGACUGCAACGGCUAUGCCUCGCCUCUCCGUGCCGACAUUCACUUCCCCUCCUGCUACAACCCCCAGGCUGGUCUGACCGACUACAAGAACAACAUGGCCUGGCCCAAGGACAACAACGGUAAGAUGGACUGCCCCGAGGGCUGGAUCCACGUCCCCCACCUGUUCUUCGAAGCCUACUGGAAUACGCCCGCCUUCGCUGGCCGCUGGGAGCAGGGCAAAGGACAGCAACCCUUUGUCCUUGCCAACGGUGACGCUACCGGUUACAGCCUGCAUGCCGACUUCAUGGCCGGCUGGGACGAGCCCCUCCUUCAGAACAUCAUCGACACUUGCGACGCGGGUACCGCGGGCAUGGAUCACUGCCCCGGCCUCACCUACGGCCUGAACAAGGAUGAGUGCACCAUUGAGUCGCCUGUCGACGAAACGGUCACUGGUACUAUGCCCAAGCUGCCCGGGAACAACGCCCUCACUGGAUGGUCCUACGGCGCUGGUGAUGGCGGCAACCAAUCCCCGGAUCCCAGCCAGGGUCAGUCUUCCAGUGCCGCUCCCUCCUCCAUUCCAGUGUCUUCUUCCCCGGUUUCUUCUGCUACCGCUUCUUCUGCUACCGCUUCUUCCGCUCCUGCUUCUUCCGCUCCCGCUUCCGCUUCGUCUGCUCCUGGCUCAUCUGCCCCCGGAUUCUCGACCCCGGCUUCCUCCUCCGCAACUCCUAAGCCUACCUCUCCCUCCGAGUCUGGCUCUCCCAUUGAAUCGAGCGCUUCUUCCCAGACCCAGACUAGUGGUGCCCCUUCGUCUACCCUCUCUGGAGCUCCUGUCAGCCCUUCUGACAAGUGCACCCCUGCUACUGUGCACACUGUCUACAAGACUGUCACCGUGACUGCUGGGGGCCCCGCCCCCACUGGUACCGGCGGUACAGGCAACGACGUCGGUGGCUUCAAGUAUGCCGGCUGCUUCAAGGAUGCUCAAGGUCGUUCCCUCAACGGCAAGGUCCGCCCUGAUAUUGGCCGCAUGAGCAACGAAAAGUGCGUUGCCGAGUGCAAGAAGCUUGGCUUCUCCGCCGCUGGCACCGAAUACGGCGGCCAGUGCUACUGCGGCAACGAGCUCGAGGACUCGGAGCGCCUCGAUGAGUCUGCCUGCAACAUGGCCUGCGAGGACAACGCAUCAUCCAAGUGCGGUGGCAGCUGGGCCUUGUCCGUCUACAGCGAGGAUGGUGAGGUUAGCCUGAAGAACGCUCAGCGCCGCCGCCACAUGCACGAGCACGUUAAGCGCCACUCUGGUCGUUUCUGA